UAAUUUCACCCAGAACAUAUAUUUUUUUAGAACACGCUCAGCCAGCAUUCAGUCGAAAUGAAACGUGUGCUCAUUUUCAUCAGUUUUUUUGUCUUUCUGAAAGCAUAUUUUGCAGUUGAACUACGGUGUUAUGAAUGUAACUCUUCUGGCUGUGACUACACAUCUGCUUGUGCAGAAGGAGAGGUCUGUCUGACAAUUUUUUCAAAAGUUGGAAACACUGUUAAAGUCGCAGAUAAAAUAUGUGGAAAAAAGGAGCACUGUGGCCAAUCAUUUAGCCAACUCGUGCGGGGCCAGAAAGAAACAAAUUUUACUUCUUGCUGUGAAUCACACAGAUGUAUACCAUCCGAGAAAAAUGCUUUCAGAAAUGGAAUAAUGUGCCCAUUCUGCACUAAGGAAGGAUCCAUGGAGUGUACGCCAACUAAUUAUGAGUGCAUGGGAAAAGCAAACGUUUGUUAUACCUACACUGCCCCAGGGAGAAUUAUUCGUGGGUGCGGUUCAAAAGAACUCUGUGGUGAUCCUAUGAAUUCAUUUAUUACAUUUGAAGAUGAUGGUGGGAGAACAAAUUGCACUGAAAAGUCUACUGAGGACAGCGGUUAAGAUUUUGGAAGUGGAAUACACAAUCGUAAAGCCAGUCAAUGAAGCUUUGGGAAUAUCAAAAGUACAGUUUAGGGGAAAACAGUCGGCAGUGGGUGGUGGCAAUAAAAUGAAUAUUGAUGGUCUUGUAACAACUCAAAAUGUGAUUAGUGGGAGAGGGAUUUUAACUAACUAGGUGAUGGGAAAAGUCUUGCUCCAGUGGCAACUGGAGUACCAAAAAUGGCAGUGAUGGAGAUAACUCAAGCUUUAUGGCAAAUAACACAAGCAACAACCACACUGUUCUGUAGAAAGAAGCCACACUUCAGAGUAAACUGCAACUCAAACUGUCCUUUCAGUAGUUUAAUUUGUUCUUAUAAAUAUUGAUGAGUGACAUUUUUGCCAGGUUUUGCAGCAAAAAUAAUACCCAUAGACUUCAAUGGGUGAAAAAAAUUGUCGCUUGUCAAAAAAAAUAGUUGUAAAUAAAAUUGGAAGCCUAUAAACUUCAA